CAUCUCCGACGGAGGAGGCGAAGGCGGUGUCCUUCCCAGUCUCCGACUUCGCGGAGUUCUCGGACUACGAUCUGAGGGAGAAGAUCAAGCGGAUAUCGGCCAGUAUCUCCAGCGGCAUGCUCGACAAGCUCCCCGACAAAGGCGCCAAGUACCGCUCCACACUAUACCAAUACUGCGAAGAGCUCGACAGGAGAAGCAACGUCCGCAUCCAAAAGGGUGUAACUGAGUGUCCAAGGGCAACACAUUGCGAAUCCUCCGGGGAAGUUGGCUCAAACAGUACGCCGAAAGGAUCUAAUUCGCAGGAGAUGUCAGAAAGCAAGACAGGUGCUGCAUUCAGCGAGGAGUUGAGUAUCAUGAGCAAACAUUUACGAGAGAAUGGAUUGUCAUUGCAAGAAGAAAGACAACCACUUCAAAAAAGACCGAAGGUGACCAGGAAAGAUAAAUGUGGGUUUUCCACUUUUAAGUUUGCAGAUACCGUCAACAUAUCUUCAUUACAGGCAAGAAAAAACUUGUCAAGGCGUUUAUCCAAAAGGAGAAGAGCUGCAAAACGUGGUUGGAAGGAUCGGGAGUUCGAGGAGGUUCAGCAUGUAGUACUUUUGGAUGAUGAAGAUGCGCAACCUAUGAACUCAACACAGGGUGGUGAUGCAUUUGAUAAUAGGGAGUACAAGAUAUAUUAUCCUUCAAGGGGUGAUCCAGAAUGUGUUGAGCUAUUUUGUUCAGAUGUUAACUGCCUAGAACCUGAAUCAUAUUUGUCAUCACCCAUAAUGAAUUUCUACAUUCAGUAUCUUCAAAGAUCACCGUCUCUGAUGGCUAAGAGAAAAGGGGACUGUUAUAUAUUUAAUACAUACUUCUAUAGUAAACUUGAAGAAGCGAUAACGUGCAAGAAUGAUAGAAGUGGAUCUUUUUUGAAGUUGAGGCGGUGGUGGAAAGGUGUAGAUAUAUUUCAAAAAGCAUAUAUCUUUUUGCCAAUUCAUGGAGAUAUGCACUGGAGUUUGGUGAUUAUAUGUAUCCCUGCUAAGGAAGACGAAUCGGGUCUGAUUAUACUUCAUUUGGAUUCUCUGGGACUUCAUGCAAGUAGUCAUAUUUUUUCCAUUGUUGGUAGCUAUCUGAGAGAAGAAUGGAACUACAUCAACGAAAAUGCCCCUCCUUCAGAUCCUCCUAUUUCAGAAAGGAUAUGGAAACAUCUUCCUCGACGGAUUGAGAAGGAAAAGAUUAUGGUUCCUCAGCAGAAGAAUGAAUAUGAUUGUGGGCUCUUUGUGCUCUAUUUCAUGGAGCGGUUUAUUAAAGAUGCCCCUGAAAGAUUGAGAAAGAAAGACUUAUCCAUUUUUGGCAGAAAAUGGUUCAAACCUGAAGAUGCGUCUGGGUUGAGAGAUAAAGUACGAGAGGUGGUUAACAAAGAAUUCGAAACUAAUAUGCUGAAGUUAAAGGAUGGAAUGCAGGAAUGGCGUGCAUCAACUAGUGCAUCCGAAAACAGUAAUUCUAGUUAAAAGUGACAACAUGCAUUUUAUGUAGUUCUUGAUGGAUAUAUAUACGUUCAAGAGUGGGAUAACUUCAAAUCAUGUCAGUUCCCCAGCAAAGACCAUUGCAGGUGAUAUCGAGCUGGCAGCAGAGGAUCUUAAACACAAUCAGAUGGUUUCUGAGAAGGAAAUUUCUGAUGGAAGGAGUGUACAGUUUAUGUAAUAGAAUGUAUUUCAACCUUCUUGUAAGUAGGGUAGUUAGUGGAUCAGUUUGUACAUUACAAUGAAUGUAUUUGUAUACUUUCUGCAUUGCUCUUGUUUUAAAAUGCCUUUUUCUUCUGCCCU